CAAUAUAGACAGAGGGACAACGUACAUCAUCAUUACCGUAGUCAAGUACUACCAAUGGCAUGCAAGGACUAGAGUAGCCAUGCAUAAUGAACAGUUUAUCUCCAGUAAAAUUGCAGGUUUUGUGUUAUCUGAGUUACGAUGGAUCAAGUGUUUGGAGAUUAGGAACUUUUAUGGACAUUUUAAUCUCCUAAUAAUGCCUUUUUUAACUGCUAAGUAUUUGACCUAAACAUGUCGGUAAUUGUUGUAUUUACUGUAUGUUAUUAUGUAUCUUGUCUGUUUUUACAAAUAAAAAUAUCCAUACAUACAGAAAUAGAACAGUUCGUGAGAAGACAUUGUUAGAGGUUGUCUGGGUGUUGGAGGUUUGGAGAAGCUGUGGUGGAUUUUCUCAGUUGGACUGCCAGAUGAUUUGUUCCUUAUUUCAGAAGAUGAGAAGAUGUGACCCCCCCGCCUCCUCCCAACACUCACAUAUAAACCAUCCAGACUCCUCCAGUCCUCCAGUGUCCGUCUGCUCAUCCCUCAGAUCAGAGAACUGACAUCCAGAACCUCCACGUUGGGGUUCAUUUUCAAUGCAACUGAAUAUGUGGCUCAUCUUGGUUCUUCUAAGCUUUGCCACCUCUACCCACUGCCAAACUCACCCCCCACUCACCUACGCCUGCAAAUCUGCCAUGAAACCAGAAUGCGAUAAACUCGAUUUUGUCCCCGGGCACAAUCUUCUUGGUCAAGGCUUUGAUAUUGUGACCAUGAAGCAGACCAGGGCUCACCUUCUAGAUCUCCAGACAUUUUCUGUACAAAACAACACCUGCACUGUCUGUCUCAACCCAUAUAUAAAAAAUGCUUGGCAAAAGCUGCCCUUUGCCAUGGUGGACUGGAGGCCCCAGACAUCCUGCUCUCGGAAGAUCAGCAGUGAGGUCUCCCGAUCUUCUGCAUCGCUGGCUGAGGAUUCUGCAUCUGAUGUGAAGAAUGACUGGGGAGCUGAUCUAAAGGUCACCCAUCAUGGGGUGUCCGGCAAACUGGUCAUGGCUGGUUCUCAUUCCGAAGUAGCAAAGUUUGGUGAGAAUAAGGCCAACAAAGACCAUUACACCUUCCUCAAGCACCAUAUGAGUUGUGUCUAUUACAGCUUCCGACUUUCAGACCUCUCUCCGCUGACCAAAGAUCUAAAACGGGCCUUGGAGUCUCUGCCACCGGCUUAUAAUACCAACACUAAAGCAAACUACAAACGUCUAAUUAGCAUCUACGGCACUCAUUAUAUCACCAAAGCAGAUGUAGGAGGCAAAGUGCAAGAGGUCAACGCCAUCAAGACCUGUCAAGCCACCAUGGAUGGCAUGUCCAUGGAGGAGCUGAAAGAUUGUCUUAGCAUGGAGGCCUCAGUUUCUGUCAUUGGGAAAGUUGAAGCAAAUGCCAGAGCCAGCGCCUGCAAGGGGCUAAGCCAAAAACUCAACAGGGGGGAGAGUUUCCAUCAGACGUUCAAUGAGAAGAGUUGGGAGGUGAGAGGAGGGAAGAUCAAAUAUGAGCAGCUCUCCUUUGAUGUAAAGAAUGCAGAUGCCAGCGCUUUCAAGGCCUGGAUGGAAACCUUAAAGACUGACCCCGAUAUCGUAUCCUACUCUCUGGAGCCCAUCCACCACCUGGUGGAAGCCAACAGACCUCAGAGAGAGAGCCUACAGAAAGCCAUCAGCGAGUACAUCUUGGAGAAGGCCCUGCAUAGGAGAUGCUCUUGCCCACCGGGUUCCCGGCAGAGUUAUGGUAAAGAGUGCAACUGCGUUUGUCCUUCUGGUGGAGGCCAAAAUAUAAACUGUUGCCCUGAAAAAAGGGGAUUUUCCAAAGUGGUGGUCACUGUACAAAGUGCCUCAGGCCUUUGGGGUGACUACAUUACAAAGACUGAUGCUUAUGUAAAAAUAAGUGCUGGGUCGAGUUAUGCUCGGACACACACCAUAUGGAACAACGAUAAUCCAAGAUGGAACACACGGUUUGACCUCGGAGUUUUGGAACUCAGUCCAGGGUUUAGGUUGAAGGUGGAGGUUUGGGAUGAGGAUAAUAAAUAUGAUGAUGACCUGCUUGGAAAAUGCGAAAAAACAAUCAACAGUGGUGUGAGGGCCGAGGUUUGUUACUUCAACUAUGGUAGUGUGACUUUUACAGUGAGUGUACAAUGCCUCCCCCACCUGGCUGGGUCCCUCUGUAAGGACUAUGCUCCUUCCACCAGUUAGACAUGUCUUCUAUAGUCCAGCCACUUACUUUAAAAGGAACUCCAAGCUCCAAAAACACUUUAAAAAGUUUGUUUGGGCCAAGCUGGCCCAAACUAUGUCCCUCACUCCCUGGCCAAACUACUGUAACUAUGUCCCUCACUAACCUGUGAGGCCUCUGGAUGUGCGGUAUAAACUGUACGAAGCUGCGGCCACACACAGCAUAACGCACCGUGUUCUGGGUGCGAGCCGAGACUUCUGGCGGGCCGAUGAUGUCACAACCUCUGAUUCAGCCAUUUAGAGGAAGCUUUGUAUCCAUUGAUAGAAUACAGGGCUUGCUCUGAGCGGCUGAGCGCCGCUGCUGUAGACUGAUCUGUGUUUUGGGUAUGAGACAGGAAGUCUCGGCUCACCCCCGGAAACACAGUGCGGUAUGCUCUAUGUGGCCUCUAUGUGACACAUCCAGCGGCCUCACAGGUUACUAAGGGACAUUUGGUUUAUUUGGGCCAGCUUGGGCUAGGCAAACUAUAUAAAUAGGUGGAUUCAAGUAGCCCGCCGCAUCUUUGCGGCGGCGUAGCGUAUCGUAUUUACACUACGCCGCCGUAAGUUAGCUAG